UCCCUUCAAACCUCUCUUUCUCUCUCUUUCUCCCUCUCACCAUGAAGAAACCAUACCAACCCAUUCAAACCCAGCAUCCAGUCCACGUCACCACAAACCAUACCACGUCAGACCCAGGCCCGCGUCUCCCCGGCGACUCCUCACGUUUCCGGCCAACCCAUGGCCGUCCAUCACAUUCCCUCCCCACCCAUCCUCUUCUUCCUCCUCCUUUCCUUUUCUCCUCUCCUCACGUCGGCAUUGUCAGAUUCCGACGCCCUCCUUAAGCUCAAAGGCUCAUUCGAGAAUGCCAACUCGCUCGAGUCAUGGAGCUCCGACUCAGAGCCUUGCACCAACAACACCUCAUGGGUUGGAAUCAUUUGCUUCCACGGCAUCGUCACCGGACUCCGGCUCGGCCGGAUGGGUCUCUCAGGGAAGAUCGACAUUGACGCACUGCUUCAGUUUCCAGGCCUUCGCACCAUCAGCUUCAUCGGAAACCAGUUCGACGGCCCCAUUCCGAGCUUCAAUCAGCUCGGCGCGUUGAAAUCUAUAUACCUAUCGAGAAACCGAUUCUCCGGCGAGAUUCCGUCGGAUUUCUUCUCGAACAUGGCGUCUCUCAAGAAGCUCUGGCUCGACAGUAACGAUUUCUCAGGACCCAUUCCAGAAUCAGUCUCGAUGCUACCCCGCUUGAAGGAGUUGCACCUCGAGAACAACCGCUUCUUGGGGAGAAUCCCUUCAUCGAUCGGAGAACUUCCAUUGCUGAAUUCCUUCAACGUGUCGAAUAAUGAAUUGGAAGGCAGAAUCCCUGCAGGCCUGGAGAAAAUAGACGCGAGCGCGUUCGCAGGAAACGUUGGGCUCUGCGGUGCCCAGGUGGGGGAGGAGUGUAAUAACGAAGGGAAGCAAGCUCCAGAAGGGAAAUCCUCAAAUGGGGUAGUAGUCUUCAUGGUUCUGGUUCUGUUCUUAUUGCUGCUGGUGGUGACGGUGGUGAGACAAGCUAGGAAGAAGCGAGCUAGCGAUUUCAGCGCUCUGGAACGGGAUAUUGCAGAGGUGGAGGAGGAAGGAGCUUCUUCUACGCAUCGCGAGUCACGGCAUAAAAGGGAGUCGGUGAGGAAGGAGUCGAGGCCGGUGCCUGUGGUUGCGGAGCUGGUGGUGGUGAAUGAUGAGAAGGGCGCGUUCGGGCUCACGGACCUGAUGAAGGCGGCAGCGGAGGUGUUGGGAGCUGGCGGGCUUGGGUCUGCUUACAAGGCGGUGAUGGCGGGUGGGAGGGCGGUGGUGGUGAAGAGGUUGAGAGAGAUGGAUAGGAUCGGGAAUGAUGGGUUCGAGGAGGAGAUGAGAAGACUCGGGCGGCUGCGGCAUCCGAACGUAUUGCCUUUGCUGGCGUUUCAUUCAAGGAAGGAGGAGAAGCUUCUGGUGUUGGAGUUCGCGCCGCGGGGAAGCUUGCUGUAUCUCUUACAUGGCGAUCGAGGACAAGACCACGCGGACCUAAACUGGCCCACCCGCUUAAAAAUCAUCGGUGGGAUCGCACGUGGGAUGGCCUACCUACACGCGGAACUCGCCCACUCGGACCUGCCACAUGGCAAUCUCAGAUCGUCCAACGUUCUCCUCGGCAACGAUUUCGAGCCGUUGAUCACAGAUUACGGAUACUUCCCUCUAGUAGCCCCCUUGCAAGCAACCCAGUCGUUGCUGGCCUACAAGGCCCCGGAAUCCAUCCAGUACAAUCACGUGUCUCCAAAAUCCGAUGUCUUCUGCCUCGGGAUUCUCAUUCUCGAGAUCAUCACCGGUAAAUUCCCAUCACUGUAUCUCAGCCAUGGAAAGGGUGGGACCGAUCUUGUGGAGUGGGUCUCAACGGCCGUGACGGAUCAUAGAGAAUCCCAACUGUAUGAUCCUGAGAUAUUGGGCCCUGAUGGACCACAUGCCGGCAUGGAACGGCUCCUGCACCUCGGCCUAUCGUGCGCCAAUGUGGACCCCACACAGCGUCCCACCAUGCGGGAGGCCACCAAGAGGAUCGAGGAGAUCGUCACCGAAGAAGGGUGCGGCCAGGAUCAACGUGGGGCCUACGUGGCCCAGGCGUCGUUAAAGGACGGACACGGUGAGAUGUCUAGUGGGGGCCCAGAUCAAGGAUAACUGAAGCGUAACGGUGAGAUAUCGGGCCAAACCGCAUCGUAACGGUACCGGCACGGAAAUGUAGUGGUGUGGCAUGGAUGAGGUUAAAAA